CCGAUUGCUGUUAAUUGCUAACUGUAUUCACCCGAUUAUAAUCAUCAAGUUUUUUGACAACUAAUUGUCUGUCGAAGUGGUGGUCAGCGAUGGCUCGAAACGAUUCGUACGACAAGAUCUCUGAACUGAUCCAACAGUACGCGGCGGAAGCGCUUCCCGAAGAUGUCAAAGACAUUAUCCCCGACUUCUUCAUGGAAUCGGUGCACAUCUCGGAACAGAUCGAGACUAUGGGUCGCUUUGAUUACGUCACCGAUUCUGUGGCCGAUGAAGAGUAUAUCAUUGGAUCGAGUCUUGACACCAACGGCGAUGUGGACACGGAUUCAAUGCCACCGUUGCGUAACGUCUUAAGCAAUUUGGAUGACAUCCCAAAUGACCUGAAAAUGUCGGGUCAGGUGUUUGACGAGUACUUCCGAGAGGGCUGUGGAUGUCAUCGCAAAUGCAACGAACGGUUCCCCAAAUUCAUGGCAUUUGAGGCCCAUUUG